AUGCAUGUAGAUGGUUCUUUGGAGCGUGACGACUUUUCACUCGGCUUUUUCGCCAGACCUGAAACUUUGCAGUCGGACUUACUGCCGGCCGAUAGAGAUGGUAACCAUGGUGGAGGGCUUUCGCCACAUCUAAUCUCCGGUCCAGUUUAUUGGCGCCCGCGGCCUUUGAGCGAGUACUCCAAGUGGGCAAGAAUUCCGCCUUCAGGUCGUCUUGAUCCGGCCAGCCUACUAACAGAGCUCGGGGACACGUUGAGUCCGACGAAAUUGCGCAACCUCAGCCUUGAGGAGGUGGAAGCACAUAUCGAGCAGAUGCAACUUUUUGCAGAGGUCAAUCUGAAUUUUGCUGCAUUUGUGGACAACCCUUUAUAG